AUGGAGAGAUCAAAAUCGAUCGUCAAGCAGGCCUCUACGUGUGGGAAGUUGAUCACCAUUCUGAGCAUAGAUGGGGGCGGAAUAAGAGGAGUUAUCCCUGCCACCAUCCUCAGCUUCUUGGAGUCGGAGCUUCAAAAACUCGACGGUGACGACGUAAGGAUUGCAGAUUAUUUCGACGUGAUCGCUGGAACAAGCACCGGUGGUCUCGUCACAGCGAUGUUAGCAGCACCUGACGAGAACAAUCGCCCGCUCUUUGCAGCCAAAGACAUGAAGUCUUUUUACCUUGAACACAGCCCAAAAAUCUUCCCGCAAAUUGGAGGAUUUCUGGCUCCAGUUAGAAGGAUGUUCCGAUCUCUAUGGGGACCCAAGUACAGCGGCACAUAUUUGCACUCUCUUAUCAGGGAAAAGCUAGGAGGUGUGCGUUUGCAUGAAACCUUAACGAACGUGAUAAUCCCUACUUUCGAUAUUAAGCAGCUCCACCCAACCAUCUUCUCCAGCUAUGAGGUGAAGCGUAAGAGCAGUUUGGAUGCCUGCCUCUCCGACAUCUGUAUCGGCACGACCGCAGCUCCGACGUACUUCCCAGCCCAUUACUUCGAAACAAAGGAUUCCGAAGGGAGCAGUAGUCGGGAGUUUCACCUCAUUGAUGGUGGAAUAGCCGCCAACAACCCGGCGUUGGUUGCUGUGGGAGAGGUGACGAAGGAGGUGCACAAGAAGAACCCAGAUCACUUCAAUCGCGAGGCCGUGGACUACCGUAAGUUUCUACUGAUAUCACUAGGCACAGGCUCAGCUAAGGUCGAAGGGAAGUAUCGUGCGAAGAGCGCAAGCCGGUGGGGAGUUUUCGGCUGGCUGCUUGGUGGUGGAUCUACUCCUUUAGUCGAUGUGUUGAUGCAGUCAUGUGCUGACAUCGUUGACAUUCAUCUCUCGGUGGUGUUUAAAGCUCUUCGAUCAGAGUCCAAUUAUCUUCGCAUCGAGGAUGACACCUUAACUGGGGCAGUCUCAUCUGCUGACAUCUCUACAGAGGAGAACCUUGACGAUCUUGUGAGUGUAGGAGAGAGGCUACUGAAGAAGCCAGUUUCAAGGGUCAAUUUGGAGACGGGCGUUUUCGAACCGGUGGGAAAUGGAGAAGGAACAAACGAAGACGCGCUCAGAAGGUUUGCGAGACUUCUGUCGGAUGAGAGACGACUCCGUAAACUUCGAUCUCCAGCCAGUGGUGGAAAUCACCAUCGAAUUCAAGAAUACGUAACUCCAAAGGAUCGGAUACGUGCCGUAAAAACUACACGAGCUAUUCCAACUUCUUCCUAAUUGCUUUGG